AUGGCUCUGUCUUUAUUGGAGGAAGAACCACGCCAGCUUACCUCCGCAGAGAGCAUAGCAAUCACGGAAUCUAACCAACUCACCUCCCCUCUCCUCCGCCUUCCUGCCGAGCUGCGCAACAAGAUUUACGAGUACGCCUGCAUCGACACAAUCAUCCGCUCUACCAACAUCAUGAGCUUUCAACCAUAUCGACAUAAAACGCCAGUCUCUGAACGCAAGCCACUGGCCAUCAUCUCUACAUGCAAGCAGAUGCGCCACGAAGCGUCAGGGACCCUCUACAGCCACGCGGCCUUCGACUUGGUAGGCCUAGGACUGUCAGCAGAGACACUUCCAUGUGUGCAUCAUCGUAUCACAUCCAUUGUGAUUACCGAAUCUCAAUUGCUAAAAGACUCUUCUGCUUUCCUGUGCGAACUCAAGUGCAUCCGCCUCAUAUCAUGGCGUGGGGGGGACGACAAACCAGGACUUUUAGUUACACGAAAGUUGCGAAAACUGCAUGGGAAAGACUUGCGUAUUGAGCGUGAGAAGUUCGAAUUCAAAGACUAUAUGUUUCUAUUCUGUGGUAAAGAAGCAGACAACGUUCAGUAG